CACAAUUGCCGCAUUUGAUCAAGACUUGUGACUCUUCAGAACUGCUGGUCGAUGCUGCUGUUGCUAUAUACGGCCCGUUGGCUUUGUCGGUCGGUCGAUGGAUUGAAUGCGCUCCAAGGUUGAACAGGUUCGCUCACAACGUGGCUGGCGCCUUUGCCUUUGCGUCUCGACUCGUGACCGGACGAUUGCCGCUUGCUCCCCAAGGACAGGCAGCGAGCGAGCGCUUCCGCCCCAGCCAGCAAUUAAUUGCAUCCGCGCUACACGUUCCUCCAAGCCUGUUUGUUCGCUUCGUGCCAAGCCUUCGGAGAUGGAUUUGUGUUCUCCUGUUCUGCUCCUACAAGGGUCGCGGCGGGCCUCGUCCCUGCGGGUAAGAAGAGCGCACCACUCAAAGCCGCAAAAAGAGUCGCGAGCGAGCGUUCACAACGCGAUCGCGACUCGCGACUCACGACUUCGCUCGGGGGCUUCAUCCUCAUCUUCGUCGCUCAACGACUCGCGGCGCUCUCCAGACUCCGCCCGAGCGUCGCGGCGCAACGGCAACGGCAAAGGCAACGGCAGCAGCAAACGGCAAAGGCAACGCUCUGACGCUGACGUCACGCAACAGCAAAUCGUGGAAAUCGCCCGACGAAUAUCCUUGUGCACUCUGGACUCUUGACUCUUCUCCGCCGACCGACCUCGUCCCGAAAUCUCUCGAGGCUUACAACUUCCUGCUCCAUCAGCGACUCUCUAACCUCCCCAGCAAGUCCGUGCGCGCGU